AUGACUGCAAAUGACCAAGAUCAAGUCCGGGAGAAAAUUGCGCAGCAGCUUUUCCCUACUCCCUUCGCUUGCUCCUCGCUUACGCGCCUAUCCGGAGGUACGGCCAACUUUGUCUAUCGAGGCAUACUUGCCUCAAGUGGACAAUCUAUUAUUAUCAAGCACACCAAAGAUCACUCGGCUUCCAACCCGACUUUUAAAAUCGAUCUCACGAGAUGUCACUUCGAGGCAGCCAUUCUACGAGCUCUCGAUGGCCUAGCAAUUUAUACAACUGGCAAAAUAAUUGUGAAAUCACCACGCCUAUUAGACUUCAAUCGGGCUACAGACACUCAGGUGGUGGAAGAUCUCCCAAAUUCAAUCGACCUGAAGAACUUUCUACUCUCGGAGGUUUCUCAUAACUUGUCCGAAUCCUCAGGGCGAGACUUGGGCAGCGCCCUUGGAUCUUGGCUGAGAUCGUUUCACCUUUGGACGGCCGAGAAGCAGCUGACGAAAGAGCUUGGGACCAACCAAGAGAUGAAAAACUUGAAGUUUUGGGUGAAUUAUACUCUGCUGAUCAACACCAUUGAAGAUUUCCCAGAUAUUCUAGGGGAAGAUCGUGAUAUUUUUGAGAAGGUUCGUGAUCUCGCCGCGGCAGAGCUUGAGCGACAGACCUAUGAUGAUGGAUAUGGAAUUAUUCACGGUGACUUCUGGACUGGAAAUGUUCUUCUUCCAAACGUACCUCCCACUCAUCAAUCUGAGACCACUGUGUUCAUUGCCGAUUGGGAAAUGUCGCAGAUUGGCAGCCGCGCAUUGGACCUAGGCCAAAUGAUUGCUGAGCUGUAUGAAACAAAGCUGUUCAAGAAUUUGGACGGUGGACUGUGGAUGAUACAAGGGUUCUUAAAGGGAUAUGGGCACCUCGACGAUGAAAUGGCAUUCCGCACUGUGAUUCACAUUGGUGUGCAUCUGAUUUGCUUUGGCAGUAGAGUUCCUGGAUGGGGCACUGAAAAGCAAAUUGAGGAAGUGGUAAAGGUGGGAAGAGAUUUAAUCGUCCACGGCUGGAGGAAAGAUAAGGCCUGGCUCGCGGACAGCACUCUUGGUUGCCUGUUCACACUUUGA